ACCUCUUAAACAUUAUAAUCAACGACAAAAGUCAAACCAUAAUUCCGACCACAGUAUACUUCAAGCCCUAGAAAAAGGUAUAAGUAAGACUUACCAAUUCCGCCGUCUCAUCUUCACUAAUCCCCCCCAUCUCCAACCAUGACAUUCCCCAAUACCGACACGACCGAAGACUACGACUUCUCCCCCGCGGCAUUCAUGUGCCGCCGUCUCCGGGAGAUCUUCCCCGACCGGCUAUUUUCCUCCGGCCGCAUGGAUUUCAUCGUCAUUCGGUUCGACACGCCCAUGGACAAUGGCCAGAAGACGUAUGUUGCGGUUGUACGUUCCGCGGAACAUAAAAGCUUCUUGAAGUAUCUGACUUGCGAUAAUAUUGCGAGCUGUGAGUAUGAGAAGAUUCUGACUAGGGAGAUGCAGAAAACGGUUUGUAGGAGGAGGGGAGUACCGAUGUAUGGGAUGACUGAGUGUGAUAAUAUUGUGAGGUUCUAUAGAUGGAAGUAUGAGGAAGAGUGGGAAAAGGGGAGAUUGGAGUUGAUUGAGAGGGGGGGACGGACGGAGUUUAAUUUUGAGGUUGGGAAGGAGUAUGAUGAGGCGUUGGAGGUGUUGGAGGGUAUUAAGGUGGAUGUUAUGGGGACUUUUUUUUAUUAUUAG